AUGAUGUGUCAUGGAAGGAAGGUGAAGAUGAGAGACAACGAGAUGUCUCAGAUUCGCCAAAGUUUGAUACCAACGGGAACAGAGGUGUCAGCCGGUGAUGGAGAACGUCGCCGGUGUAAAACGCCGGAGGGACAAAGGGAAAAGGUGGUUUCAGAUAACGAUUUCGUCGAGGAAGAUUGUGUUUUGUCAAAAGGUGGAGAAUUGUUGUUUGGGUUUGACAUAACACAAUUAUUGGGCCAACAAAAUUGGCAAGGAGAUUCUACAAUUGUGAAUAACUUGAGAGAACAUCCUCCUUCUUCUUACUCCCUCAAGAUCAACAAACUUUCUCAACUUACUUUUGACAAAUAUGAAUCUCAUCGUUUCUUGUCCGGUGGAUACAACUGGAGAUUGGUUAUAUACCCAAAAGGAAACGAAAAAGACAAAGGAAGUGGAUUUAUCUCUAUGUAUGUGGAAUUUGACAACACAAAAGUCUCGUCUACAUCACCAAUGGAGGUGUUCGCAUAUAUCAUUUUCUUCGUCUACAACAAGAAAGAAAACAAAUACUUUACCAUUCAAGAUGUUGAAGUAAAGCGGUUCAAUGCAUUAAGAACGGUGUGGGGAUUAUCACAAGUUCUUUCACUUGAGACAUUCAAUGACCUUGAAAAUGGAUACACAUUUGAGGGAGAACAAUGUGAGUUUGGUGUUGAUGUGAUGGUUGCUUCACCCAUUACCAAGUGGGAAGUCGUCUCUUUUGAUGAGAAACUCGAUAUUCUCAAGUUCUCCUGGAGUGUUAAGGAUUUCUCGGUGCUUAAAGAGGAGUUCUAUGUAUCAGAAAGAUUUUCAAUGGGAGGAAGAUUAUGGGAUCUUCAAAUGUAUCCAAAGGGAGACCCUAGAAGAGAUAAAAAAUGGUUAUCCAUUUUUUUGCGGUUAUCUGGUAGUGAAACCUUAACGGUGGAUGAGAAGAUUUACGUGAUAGCACAUCUGCGAGUUCUUGACCCACUUGGCAACUGGUUCAGGGACCGGAACAAAGGGUGGGGUUAUCUUGAAUUCUUGUCUUUUUCUAAACUUCGGAAAUCAUACUUGGACCUAGAAGAUACUUUUUUUCCCCUAAACUUGUAA